UGUAUCUUUUCUUAAUUCGACUACUAAACAACACACAGAACAGUUAGUUGGAAAAGGACUUGUAACUUGUAACUUCUUUAGCACUCAAUAUUUAGGCUAUAACCUUACUACACAGACUAUCAAUCGAUCAAAGUGUUUACAUGUAACCAAACAAAAACAAAAAUCUACUAAACCGUCACUUAACACGUGUCACACAAUAAGACAGCAUGAGCAUGUACAUUCACAUUUCAUCAUCACCUCUUCCUCACCGCUAUUGCAUCAACAACAACAAACAGAGCAGCAUAGCACCAGGAAACAGAGCAACACAAUUUUCUAAAAUAAUUGUUUCUUGAAAAAACGCCAUGAGAUCGAGCAAUAACCUCAUAGGUCUCGUAAACUUCCUCACCUUCCUCCUCUCGAUUCCGAUCCUCGGCGGUGGAAUAUGGCUGAGCAACCGAGCUAACUCCACCGACUGCAUGAGAUUCCUCCAAUGGCCGCUCAUCGUCAUCGGAAUCUCCAUCAUGGUGAUUUCUUUAGCCGGAUUCGCCGGAGCUUGUUACGGGAACAAGUUCCUCAUGUGGCUUUACCUCUUCGCCAUGUUCUUCGUUAUCGCUGCUCUCAUAGGAUUCAUCAUCUUCGCCUACGCCGUUACCGAUAAAGGGUCAGGCCGGUUUGUGAUGAACCGGAGGUAUCUUGAUUAUUAUCUCGGUGAUUAUUCCGGUUGGUUAAAGGAUCGGGUCACGGAUGAUGGAUUCUGGGGGCAAAUCGGAUCGUGUGUUAGGGAUUCUGGAGUUUGUAAGAAGAUUCGAAGACAUUUAAACGGAGUUCCUGAAACUCCUCAGAUGUUUUACUACAGAAAGCUUACUCCUGUUGAGUCCGGAUGUUGCAAGCCGCCAACAGAUUGUGGCUAUACGUACGUGAAUGAGACAGUGUGGAUUCCAGGAGGUGAAAUGGUUGGACCGAACCCGGACUGUAUGUUGUGGAACAAUGACCAGAGACUACUCUGUUACCAUUGUAGCUCUUGCAAAGCUGGUGUUCUUGGUAGCUUAAAGCAGAGUUGGAGAAAAGUAUCAGUGAUCAACAUUGUGGUUUUGAUCAUACUUGUUAUCUUCUAUGUGAUCGCCUAUGCAGCUUACCGUAAUGUUAAGAGGAUUGAUAACGACGAACCUGCAGGUGAGGCUAGGAUGACCAAAUCUCAUCCUAGUCAUUUUCAGAUUUGACGAAAUUUUUACUUCAGUUUUUUUUCUUGGAUAAAAGAAGUUUUCAAGUUGUGUUUUUAUGACUAACAGGUUUUAUGUUGUUUUUAUUUCGCGCGUGUGUGUGUGUGUGUAUGUUUUAUAUGUUUGAUGAUGAUUAUGAUC